GCCAUGUUCAAGUUGCUGUUGUUUGUGCUGCUGAUCGAAUAUGGAUUAUCAGUUACGUGUGGCGGGUCCUGGGAAAGCAGAUGCGCUGUUAAGGUUGGGAGCCAGCAUACAGAGCCACUGUACAAUGUCACCCUGGGCUCUCACUCCGGUAUGGUGUCACUGAGCAUUAGGGUAGAUGAAGAGGAGGUUAACUUCAAUGCUACAUUGUUCAGUCUAGCCCUGAUCGGUAGGAAUGGCUCAGAUUCAACCUUAGCUCUUGGAGAAAGCGGCAGUUUAUUGUUGACAAUCGGCGAAGGAAUUUAUUCUACUCAUCUUAGAAGGUGCAAAGGCCACUGCAGCAUUCACAUCGGUUGGAGAGAAUCUUGCCACCAGAAAGUGGAAGAGAGACAUCAUGAUGACGAAACGUACAUUUCUCUAAGCAAGCGACCUGUUUUAGAGGACUUUGAGGGAUAUAAUUUGUCUUUUGUUCAAUCCCACGGGUCUGGGUUUACAGUAACCGAUUUGUUUGUGUUUGAUUACUUUACUGCACACCCAGACAUGCCUGGGUUUCAGGAAGAACCCGAGGUCAAGAACCGAACUGCCACUUUCCGACGCAGGGUUUUUAACGCAUUAAAGCCUGAGGAAAAAUCAAAUGACGAAGAAGCCUUUCUGAAGUGGGACAAUGUGACAGAAGGGUGCUGUCAGGAAAACUCAAGCUUCUCGCUCGUAAAGAACAUGGAGUGGUAUUCUCGCAUAAAGGAAGGGGUGUUAGUGUUUGGAAAAUUAAGGGAGAAAAGAUACAGAGGGUCAUCAGUGAUAAAUCAUCAUUUACCCCAGUGUGGAAGUGGAUGUUUUCUAUCAAAAUGCACAGUCAGAGUAGGAAACCAUUCUUCAGACCCCCUUUAUAAUCUGACACUUAGUUCCCGCUCCGGCAUGGUAUCAAUGGACAUCAGAGUUGGUGAGGAUCACGUCAAAGCUACAUUGUUUCGUUUAACAAUGGUUGGUCGGGAAAUACCGGAACUUAGUUUAGCCCUGGGAGAGAAGGGUGCUCUGAAGAUUGGAGCACGGACUGGAGCUAGAAGUCUAAGAAGCUGCCUGCACGGCCACUGUCGCAUAAACAUAGGGUGGAGAGAAUCCUGCUACGAGAAAAUUGAGGAGAGGUACCAUGAUCAUGAGAUCAACAUCCUUGUAAACGGACCACUUGACUCAGAGGCCUUUGAAGGAUAUGAAAUAUCUUUAGUAAUCCCACAUGGAUCCCAUUUCUGGAUAAGGGACCUGGUAGUGUUUGACUUCUACACCUCCCACCAAGACAUGCGGCGUCAAGUGUUCGAGUCUGAGAGAAAACCAGACAACCAAAUAACUUCACUUAAGUGGGAGGACGUGAUCAAUAAGUAUUGCUGUCGGACCGAUGACUCUAAUUUCUUCCUUGAAAAUGACAUGGAGAGGGUAUUCCCGUACCACGGUCUAGCUCCACCAUCAGAGGAUAUUGUGGUGGAAUAUCGUAAGGGCAACAGAAGUGAUAGUUGGUCACACCAGAAUACUUCCCUUUACAUGAACAUGGACAGUGACCAGGGUAUAGAAAAGGGUAAGCCAGGUAAAGAAUGUCAUUUCAACCACCGCUAUUUAGUUGAAGAGGCACUCACUAUAAACGGAACUCUUCUGAAACAGUUCUCCAUCUGCUUUGAAAUGGUUGCAGCAACUGCCACGUCUCACUUGAACAUCAUUCACUUUGUCACCUCAUCUUACAAGUCUAUUACCGUCAUGAUGGAUAAGGGAUUACUGCACCUGCUCAGAGAUUUGGAAGAUUCCCAUAUAGUCAACAUACCUGACGGGGGUAAGACUGUGGUGUGUUUUACAGUAGAUAUAACCUACAACCAGAACACUACCUUUAUAGUGCACAUCCAAGAUAGAAACGGAGGUUGGGAGGAACCUAAAACUUACUCUUUCGGAUGGUACUGGAUUGUGGGGCAAGAUGACAAUCAGGUCACAGUUGGUUUAAUGGAAAUAGGCACAGCAAAACACGUUAAGAUAUCAAACAUAGCCAUCUGGAAGAAAGUAUUGAGUAAAACAGAACGAGACCUCUACCUGACGGACCCUUACGCACCCUCCUCCGCGAAAUGGAAGAACUGGGAUGAAAUGUUGGAAGCGGUUGUUACCAGUGAAGAGUUGGGACCUUUCUUCACUGACUCCAGACUCCAGGUGAUAACACCCUCAGAAGAAGAAGGAUGUGAAAGUGCAUUAGCUCUCCCCGCCCACGUGCAGUGCCCACAGUCUUGUGAGUACAUUCCGUACUGGGAGAACUGCCGGACUCCCUGCAUUGAUGGAACUACCCUGUGUGAGGAGGAGGAACAGUUUUAUAACAGUGGAAUUGAUCUUAAUAAGGUUAUAACCCACAAGGAAUUAGGUGUAAACUUGCUGCAGAACAUCGUUAACGUUACUCUCUGUGUAGCAGUGAAGGGUUGGAUGUCAGGGACAAUACUAAACUACGGAGACAGAUCCCUACACCUCCAUAUACAGUCUACUGAGUCAAUCCUUGUUAUCGUACACAAAUCGCACUUUGUGUUCUUUCCUGUCCAGCUAGUCGCACAAGAGAUCCACAGAUUAUGCAUUAGACUCGUGAACGGAAGAGUAUCCGCGUACACUGGUGGUUUUGAGUUAAAGGACAGUUCAUUCCAGGAUAAAAUCCCUCACAAUCACAAAACAUUUGGGAAAGGAGAGGUGUCCUUGUUCGUGAGCUCUCAAGAUGAUACUCCAGUAGGUGGCCAUGUUUACGGUCUUAACAUUUGGGAGAGAGGUCUGACUGACGACGAAAUGGCAAUCUUCUCCACGUUGCAUCAGUGCCUGAGCCAAAGAAACACACUGCUAUCUUGGGGGGAGGUAAUAGCUGCUUUGGAAGAUGAAGAAACUUUGCUUAGCUCCCAGUUUUGUGAUAACAAUGGUUUUGGACUGAACUUUUUAGAUUUGAACGAAAUAGAGGAAUUUUAUCCACCCCCAAGUUUAGGUAAAACCACCUACCUGAUAACAGCAGAACAGAUUGGAGGGGAUUCACAGGACACAAAUAACAUUACAACAUUUUCUCUUGGAGUACGCGAUGAGCUUUGCCUAACCGUCCCUGAUGUGCACACUGGCAAGAAAUUUAAAAUAAUAUUCGGUCUCGAGAACCCAGUCGGACUGUCUCACCGUGUGUUAGACAUCGAAAGAGUACAUAAGUGGGAGAGAAUUGUGGAAUCCGUGUGCUUCUUCUGCAGAAAAACUUACCUUCAAAUAGAUCUAGAUUUACUUGAAGACGAAAAAAGAAUAUGUUUAAGAGAUGCUAGAAAGUCUAAGGGAUCUAUUGCAGGUUUUGCCGUAACUAAAUCAACAGGCCUAACUAUAAACAAAAUAAUGAUGGUUGAAGCAAAAACAGAUUGGGCGUGUACAAGCAGUGAAUUUGACGAACACCGCCUAUACGGAACCUUCAUUUGGGGUUCUACGGACACAUUUUCAGAUGCCAUUUGCCCCCAUGGGAAAAAGGCAAACAACCUCUUUAUAGCAUAUGCUCAAAGACGGUGCUUGAACAACACAUAUCAAAGUGAUAUACAACACAGUGGGUACAAGCAAUGCCAGUUUAAAUCUCAAGGUGACAACCUUCAGUUCCUGCUGGAUACUGUGGAUCUGGAUAAGGAUGACAACGUGCUCAACGGUAAGGAUCUUAGUGUGGCAGUUUCCAGGGCAGUUGCGGACAAUCAUGCUGACUCUAAGAUUGAUCCUAAGCUCUUUAAGACAACUCUUGCCCACAUUGAAAAGACGCUUGGUGAGACGAGGAUGGAAGAGGAUGACAUUUGUUGGUUCAUGGACAUUUUCAACGCUUUUUAUAAAUCUCCCCAGGUAGAUCUUUUUCCAGCAUUCAAAAUUAGAUUCAUGCCGGAUUUUGUAAAGGGUUACUAUGGUAACACCGCCAAAUGUGGUGGGGAGGUGUGGCAGACCACUUUGGAUUUGGGGGCUGGAGAGACAACUUUGAGUUGUUCAAGUAGGGAAGCACCUUUUUGCUCAAGCUCCGUGAAAGAUGAGGAAUAUAAUGUAACGAUGAAGUUUGAACAGAUUAGUAGUCAAAACGCUGUGGUGACAUUCUUUAAAAAUAUUUCGGUAGACGGCAGCAAAGCUUUCUCCAAUGAAAUAAAAAGGGAAAAGCUUAACUUGGAAGUUCGUGUGAUAUCUGACAUCAUCAGUGUUUAUGUUGAGGAAAAGGAGGACGAAAAACGUAGUACGGAUAAAAAGAAUAGUGAUCAGCUUAAAGUUAUUUAUACCUUCAGAAACGUAGAGGGAGAAAGGUGGAAGAAUCCCUACUGUGUUCAGGAAAAUAUAUUGCCCACGAUAGUAACUAAGCUAGCAACUACAAAGGAUUUGAAGAAAGAUGACAAAAAGAAUAAUUUAUAUGAGUGGAGCAUCAAAGGUGUUUUUCUUGCUUCACGGACAAAAGAAAAAGUAGAAUGUGAAGGACUCGGAGGAGAUCAAACUGUUGCUCUUGUUUAUAAUACCCAACCUCACGAUCAAAGAACCGGUAAACAAAAGCUGAUCAUCAAACUAACGGAAGGUCUCGUGAUCCUCCUUCUGCUCUGUACGGCUCUGAUAUCCGCUAGCAGGAUCCAUAACUGUUUAACGGCUGGGAACACAAUGGCGGUGACAUGUGUGCUGUAUUCUACCUACUACCUGGUUCAUCUUCUCUGUGACACCGAGGGUACCAGGAACAGCGUGUUAGCUUGCUGGCAGUGUGGAGCGCUCCAAAUGUUCCUCCUCCUCUCUGUAAGUAUCUUCAUCCUGUGUGCGGCUGCAGGUCUUCAUGUAGCCGUGGAGGACAGCUACGAUGUUGAGUUCUUCAUCAGUAAAUCUUCGGUUCUGUCUCUUGGGAUACCCUUGAUGUUUGUGGCUUGUCUGGGGAUAGCUGACCUGUUGACGAGCAAGCAGUAUACUUCACUGUUCCUGACUGCAGACUCUCUGACGGACGAGAGCCCCCUGGGAUGCAGGAUAUCCCUGCCUCUGAGAUACGGUGUUGUUGUUGCUCCUCAGCUCUUCUUCAUGGUCGUCACAUUUGUUGUGCUCUACAGACUGAAGAUGAACAUCCUAGGAGAGAAAUACGAGGAGGAGAAGCUAGAGAAAGCCACGAAACACCUCUCGUUUAUACACGCUCUGCUGAUGGUGGUCAUCAUGUUCAGCAUCAACAGUGCUAUUACCGCUACCUCUGUUACCUCUCAAGAUGGGGUCCUCAUCUACAUUUACGUGGCCUUCAACCUCUUACAAGCAAUAACAAUAUUCUACUGUAUCGGGUUCCAUUGUACCCCUCUGGUCAGCUACAUGACAGAUUCUGCUAAAAGGAGAAGAGAGGCCUUGAUCCAGGACAUGGCUGAUCAGGACUCCAAGACGUCCAUUGAUGAAUCCGAAUAUGAAUUCGACUCGGAAACCUCCAGCAAGGCCACGGACUUCUCUUGGACGACUGGAACGAGUAUGACUGUCGACUCAACCAGGGAGAAUCUCAGUGUCAUCAACGAUGAGUACAUCCAACAAGAGAGCACGCCACAUAUGGAGAGUAAAGGAUUAGGAUUUUCAAAACGCGUCUCAUUUUACAAGGAAGACGAUUAAAACAUUUCAAUGGGAUAGAGAGUAAAAAAAUUAUAAGAUAAAUGGACGAUUAUUUUGAGUUUUCAUUACUUUUUGACAACGUCCGAUCGUAUUGAUUGCUGAACGUAUCAGGGUUUUAGAAACGUUUGUAGUAUUUAAUGAUGAGCGAAACGUUUCCUUUUUUUCUGAUUCUCUGAAAUGACGUAAUUUAUUUAAAAAGUUGAUAUACUAAAACGUUAUACACUUUCGAUGAAGUUCAUGUAUCAUUACGUAUGAAUGUGAGAAUUCUUUUCGAGAUCUUAAAAACAUUUUCGCCAUUCUUGUCCAGCAGGUCAAAUAAUAAUAAAAAUUGCAAUAAAAUUUUAAAGAGCUGAGAUUAUAUUACAAUCUUGACAUUUAGAGAUGAAAUAUAUCCGAGAGCAAUGAGAAGAACCUUAGCCCCUGGAUCUACUCAAUGACAGAAUUGUUCCUGACAAUUUAUCAGCUGACUGUGGAAUAAAAGGGGCGCUGGUGGUGUUGAUUACAUAUCGAUUAUUUUUAGGAUCAAUUCUUCACAAGAAUCGUAAAAGUUUAGUAAUAUUUGAGUAGCUGUGGAUAUAACCAUAAGCCUUUCAGAAUUUACUUGUAUUUUUCCGGACAGUCACUGUCAUUUGAAGAAGUCAAAUUGCUGCGUUUUUACUUUUUAUCAUUCACCUUUUCAAUUG